AGCAGACCCUACCUUAGCUGAAAUGGGGAAAAACUUGAAAGAGGCGAUGAAGAUGCUAGAGAACAGUCAGAGAAGACCAGAGGAAGAGAGUGGAAGGAAGCCGGCACCGGAAGACAUCCCAGGACCACUCCAGGGCAGUGGACAGGACAUGGUGAGCAUCUUGCAGUUAGUGCAGAAUCUGAUGCACGGAGACGAAAGCGAGGAGCCCCUGAGCACACGAGUCCAGAGUAUUGGAGAACAAGGUCACAUGGCUUUGCUGGGUCACAGUCUUGGAGCUUAUAUAUCAACUCUGGACAAAGAAAAGCUGAGAAAACUAACAACUAGGAUACUUUCCGAUACCACCUUGUGGCUGUGCAGAAUUUUCAGGUAUGAAAAUGGCUGUGCCUAUUUCCAUGAAGAAGAAAGAGAAGGACUCGCCAAGAUCUGCAGGCUUGCCAUUCAUUCUCGAUACGAAGACUUCGUCGUGGAUGGAUUCAAUGUGUUAUACAAUAAAAAGCCCGUUAUAUACCUUAGUGCUGCUGCUAGACCUGGCCUGGGCCAGUACCUUUGUAAUCAGCUUGGCUUGCCCUUCCCCUGCUUGUGCCGUGUGCCCUGCAACACUAUGUUUGGAUCACAGCAUCAGAUGGAUGUUGCCUUUCUGGAGAAAUUGAUUAAAGACGAUAUAGAACGUGGAAGGCUGCCCCUGCUGCUUGUGGCAAAUGCUGGAACAGCUGCAGUUGGACACACAGACAAGAUUGGGCGAUUGAGAGAGCUCUGUGAGCAGUAUGGCAUAUGGCUUCACGUGGAAGGGGUGAAUCUGGCAACACUGGCUCUCGGUUAUGUCUCCUCGUCAGUGCUGGCUGCAACCAAAUGCCACAGCAUGACGCUGACCCCGGGCCCCUGGCUGGGACUGCCCGCUGUCCCCGCAGUGACGCUGUACAAGCACGAUGACCCUGCCCUGACUCUAGUUGCCGGACUCACAUCAAAUAAGCCAGCAGACAAACUCCGUGCCCUGCCUCUCUGGUUAUCUUUACAAUACUUGGGACUGGAUGGCAUCGUGGAGAGGAUAAAGCACGCUUGCCAGCUGAGUCAGAGAUUACAGGAAAGUUUGAAGAAAGUGGACCACAUCAAAGUCUUGGUGGAAGAUGAGCUCAGCUCUCCAGUAGUCGUGUUCAGGUUUUUCCAGGAAUUGCCAGGCUCAGAUCCGGGGCUUAAGGCUGUCCCAGCACCCAACAUGGCCCCUUCGGCAGUCGGCCGGGAGAGGCACUCCUGUGACGCCCUGAACCGCUGGCUGGGAGAGCAGCUGAAACAGCUGGUGCCCGCCAGUGGCCUCACCGUCAUGGAUCUGGAGGCCGAGGGCAUGUGUGUGCGGUUCAGCCCCUUGACGACAGCAGCAGCGUUAGGAACUCGAGGAGAGGACGUGGACCAGCUGGUCACCUGCAUCGAGAGCAAGCUGCCGGUGCUGACGUGCACGCUGCAGCUGCGGGAGGAGUUCAAGCAGGAAGUGGAGGCUACAGCAGGCCUCCUCCAUGUUGACGACCCCAACUGGCCUGGGAUAGGGGUUGUCAGGUAUGAACACGCGAAUGAUGAUAAGAGCAGUUUGAAGUCAGAUCCGGAGGGGGAUAAAAUCCACGCUGGACUCCUGAAAAAGUUAAAUGAAUUGGAAUCUGACCUUACAUUUAAAAUGGGCCCCGAGUACAGAAGCAUGAAGAGCUGCAUUUACAUCGGAAUGGCGAGCGACGACGUAGACGUGUCCGAGCUUGUGGAAACCAUUGCCGUCACAGCCCGGGAGAUUGAGGAAAACUCACGGCUUCUGGAAAACAUGACAGAAGUUGUUCGGAAAGGAAUUCAGGAAGCUCAGGUUCAGCUGCAGAAGGCCAACGAGGAGCGGCUUCUGGAGGAGGGAGUGCUGCGGCAGAUCCCUGUGGUAGGAUCCGUGCUGAACUGGUUUUCUCCAGUCCAAACUUCACAAAAGGGAAGAACUUUUAACCUAACUGCAGGCUCCUUGGAGUCCACAGAACACACGUAUGUCUACAAGGUACAGGGGACGGGAGUGACGCCGCCCCCGACCCCCUCGGGAGCUCGCGGCAAACCCAGACUUCCAGGCCACAAGCCCUUCAGGAGAUCCGUGCGAGGCUCUGACACCGUGAGUGACACCAGCUCUGUCAGCCACAUUGAAGACUUGGAGAAGAUGGAACACCUGGCCGGUGGGCCGGAGCACAGUAGCCUAGAGUCCCCCAGUCCCGAGCAGUCCCCCGAGGCCCCCACGCCUCAGGCCAGCCCCACCGAAGCCCUCCAGAACAAGGCCCAGCACCCCGAAGAUCACCACCUGCAGGUAGAAGAGCUGGAGAGCUUGAGAUAAGAGUUGCGUGGAGGUGUGAGGCUGCACUGACCAUGUUACACUGAAAGCGUGCACCGGGCCACGUGCCCAUGAUAAAAGUUCCUGUUGUUUGUGCAGAACCUGGACUUUUGCACAAAUAUAUGCCUGAAAGCCAGGCUUUCUUGGAAGGAAGUCAUUCAUUGUAUGCCUAACAGCUGCUUCCGCCCUGCCCAGCUGUACAGCACCAUCCCCCUAAGUUACUACAGAACACUAGUCACGGAAGAGAACAGGGAAUUUCAGGUGCCCGCCACUUGAAACGCUUGCUCUCAUCCCUCUAAAUGUAAAGAUUAGGUUGCACAGACUUAUUGCCAGGACUUGGGGUUCCCGCAGUGUGCGGGUGACAGCAUUCCUUGCCUGUCUUAGCGGAGCCGCAGGAGACACAGCCCUGGUUGGCCUGAAAGUGGGUUUCUCCUGGGACCCUAAGGAAGGACAUGGCAGCCUGCUGUCCCCGCUGCUGCUUUCCUGGAGGCUGAGGAAGGUCUGUGCCCGCGUGCCCGCUCCGUGUGCGGCAGGACCUUUCCUCCCUUUUAUACUACUCUUUGUAAACAGACCCGAGGACUCAUCUGUUCAGAUUAAUUGUAAAGUCUCUUCUUGACCAUAUAUCUGUAUAUUUUGAAAUACUGGUAGCUUUUAAAUCGGUGCCUCCUGCACCGCUCACUUCUGUUCAUCUGAAAGACUGGCGUAGGCUCCCCGACACGGAGCUGACACUAACGUGCUGCGUGCGCACUGCUCCCUGGAGGCCCUACUCAGGUCAGGAGCCUGCAGCCCCUCGCCCGGCUCCCGCCCCGGAAGACGCUUGCCACCCUGCGGUCUCUUCCCCAACAUGGCAUCGCGUUCUGUAGCUGAAGAUGCGGCCGAGAGGGUAGGAAUUCACACUGGUUUGUGGACUGUUGUGUUGGAAGCCUUAGUUAUACCACAUUAAGCCUCUAAUUCCUCUGAUCUGAAGUGAUUUUUGACAUUUGCCACUUGUCAAGACGCAAUUUUUUUUUUUUUGGUGCAGAUGAUUAAACAGUCUUCCCUGUUUAUUUGGUCAAUGAAGUCUAACAGAUAACAUGGGGAAGGGUAAAUUAUCACCUUUAAUGAGAUUUUUAAGUGUUUUUAUAUAUUUGGAAUUGUUAAGUUUUGCGGAAACAAAAUUUCCCCCUUGAGAUACUAUUUGAAUGUUGGUUUCAAUAAAGGUUCUUGGAAUUGUUACGGGUGAA